UUGCUCGCGAGCAUGCUCACUACAGGAGUGCUCAAUGGUGCUCGCGAGCAAAAUUUUGCUCAAUCUUGCUCGCGAGCAGCUCAUGCUCAGAAACCCUGCUCCUUGGACAACAGCGUGCGAGGACGCUUGCUAUCUUCACCCUCAGCUUUUCCCAAAAACUCUGGAGAAGCCCUGACCGACAGCCAGAUGGACGUCUUUGAGAAAAAAUUUGGAACGGAGAAUUCUCGGAGAUGGCUUUAGGAGUGAUUGAGUCAAGGGUGGGAAUGCAUCUGGUAGCGUCUCCUUCAAAGAUUGCAGACGUUUACGCGGCAGCAUGGCUGAAGUCCUUGCGGAGACAUGGAAGGGUAAAGGAGGCGACGCCACUGUUCGAAACCGACCCUAUUCUUUUUGGAGAGAAGAGGCCAGAACCGGCCUACUUGACUGCGAAUUUUCUUCCUUUCAAUCAAAUUUGGACCAAACUGACCGAGAUCCUGUUGGAAGCGGCGUUGGGGUUGAUGGGUGGCGAUGAGUGGAGUUCAUUGGAACCCAAUAAUCCAAAUUCAGCCCUGGACCUGCGAGACCUUUGUGAUGAUGCGUCAGCAAGCGAGCAAACCUGCCAUCGUCGGCAAGCAACUGGAAGAUGGCCCUGGACAGAUUGGUGCCCUUGUCAAGACCAGCCAUCGCAUGACCUUCACUUCCAGACUGGACGAGAGUGACGCGCACAACAAGUUUGGGCCCCAAACUUUUGCACACAAGCAACCAACUUCGCCGCUUUGACAAAAGAGACGACGUCCGUCCAUCGUCUUGUGUAACAAGAAAACCACAGCGAGACAACUGCCACCGCAGAGGAGAACGAGACACACUGUCGGCAUAUUUAGGCAUUGUUUCCGGGGCAAACAAAAUCGAGC